CACGAUCGAGCCAGCGCAGCCCGCUCGCCCCGUCGGAACGUGCGAGAGCACGCCGCGAGACCAAGCGAUCGACCCCGAUCCCCGAGCGUCGGCUCCGGGCAACGAGGCGCGACCUCGAUCUCGGCGCGGUUCCGCGGAGCUUCCCCAAUUUUCAUCGCCCCGAUCGCGUAGCGUGAGACGGGAGCCAUGGACGCGAAGUGGCGACUAGAUUUCGCCGACGCGAGCACGUCCGGGAACAACGCACCGGUGAACCCACCGGGGUACGCGUCGCUGCGAGAGCUCGGGGACGUCGAUGCCCCCGCGAAGGGCAAGGCGGACGCGCCCAAGGGCGGCGUCGUCGCGCCCGGCGGCGCGCUGACUUCCGCGGCGCGCCAGCAGAAGGCGUACCAGUUUGCCAUGUCGCAGGUGCAGGCGAUCGGGAUGACGGGGUUCAUGAUGUACAUGGCCGGGAGCGGCGUGCAGAUCUUCUCCAUGAUGGUCGUGGGUAACGGCCUGUUCCAGCCCAUCAAGGCCAUAGCGUCGAGCGGUAAGAUCUUCGAGCCGUACGCGGAUGCGAGCACGGACGUGACGGGCCCGCGGGCGCUGUUUUGCGCCAUCCAGCUCGCCGGGCUCGCGAUGGCGCUGUACAAGCUGAACAGCAUGGGCCUGCUACCCACGCACGCGAGCGACUGGGUCAGCGGGAUGAAGCCUCCCACGCCGGUGGAGCACGCGUACGGAGGGACCACGCUGUAGGGAGGGAGAGAGAGAGGGCAAACUUGGCGCAGGCGAGCCGAGACGUUGUUCCUUUCUUGCACGCGCGAGGCGCGCUUCGCGCCAAUGCCUGGACGCUGACGCGGAAAAACCCAUCACGUGAUGCGUGACAUCACGAGAGAAACCGAUUCCUUGUGGAAACGGCUUUCGACCGCGUAUGAGUUUUCAGUUAGCUUUUCGGAUUAUAGACGACGAAAAAUCUUCUUUU